AUGUCGGAGGACGAGUCGGUGCCGCUGAAGCGCGCGGGCGGGGCCGGGCGCGGCGGCUGGCGCGCGGCGCUGUGGCGGCGGCUGCCGGCGCUCCGCUGGCUGCGCUCCUACGACCGCGAGGCCGCGGCCGCGGACGCGGUGGCGGGCGUCACGCUGGGCCUCACGCUGGUCCCGCAGAGCAUCGCCUACGCCGCGCUCGCCAACCUGCCCGUCCACUACGGACUCUAUUCCGCCUUCGUAGGCACGAUGCUGUAUGUGUUGCUGGGCACGGUUAAGGAGGUAUCCAUCGGGCCCACGAGCCUCAUGGCGCUGUUCACGCUGCAAGUGUGUCGCGACUUGCCCAUUGACUUCAUGGUGCUGCUCACCUUCCUGUCCGGCUGCAUCGUGCUACUCAUGGGUCUUCUUCGUCUUGAUUUCCUGGUGGAUCUGAUCUCGCCGGCGGUGACGAUGGGCUUCACGGCGGCGACGGCACUGAUCAUCGUGGCGGCGCAGCUCAAGGGGCUGGUGGGGCUGAGCUUCGUGGCGGAGUCCCCGCUCGCCGACCUGCGCCUGCUGGCGGGCCGCCUGCGGCUGGCGCGCGCGCCCGACUGCGCGCUGUCCGCCGCCUGCUGCGCCACGCUGCUGCUGCUCAGGUCAUUAAAAGAUAUUCGAGUGAGCUCGAAGCGCUACAAGUUGAAGAAAGCGCUGUGGUUCAUUUCAAUCUCCCGCAACGCGUUAGUAGUGUUCGUCGCCUCCACCUACGCCUUUUGCACCUACGACCCCAAGCAACCUUUGUUCAAAUUGUCAGGUAAAGUGGAGCCCGGCCUGCCUAAGAUUAGUCUGCCACCAUUCAGCACGGUAGUGAAUAACCAAACGGUCGGUUUUCUUGAGAUGACGACGACGCUAGGUUCCAGCCUGCUUAUGCUUCCGUUCGUCAUGGUGAUUGCGAACAUUUCCAUUGCAAAAGCCUUUAGCUCGGGCGGGCGCGUGGACGCGUCGCAGGAGAUGGUGACGCUGGGCGUGUGCAACGCGCUGGGCUCGCUGCUGCGCGCCAUGCCCACGUGCGGCGCCUUCACGCGCUCCGCCGUCUCGCACGCGUCCGGCGUGCGCACGCCCGCCGCCGGCCUCUACUCCGGUAUCAUCACGUUGUUGGCACUGAACUACCUCACUCAGUAUUUCUUCUUCAUACCGAAGGCGUGUCUAUCGUCUGUUCUUAUAUGCGCUGUUAUAUUUAUGAUCGACGUGGGCGGGCUGCGGCGGCUGUGGCGGGCGCGGCGGCGCGAGGCGCUGGUGGCGCUGCUGACGGCGGCGGUGGGCGCGCUCGCCAGCGUGGAGGCCGCCGUGCUGAGCGGCGCGCUCGCCUCGCUGGCGGCGCUGCUGGCGGACCUGCUGCGCCUGCCGCCGCUGAGGCUGGCCACUGACCAGGCGGGGCGCGGCGCGCUGGUGGCGCGGCCGCGCGCGCUGGUGUACGCGAACGCCGAGCGCGCGGCGGCGAGCGUGCGGCGCGCGCUGGCCGAGCGCGGGCUGCGCGCGCUGCUCGUGGACUGCGGCGCGCUGGCGCUGCUCGACCACUCCGCCGAGCAGGUGCUCGAGCGACUGGUGCAGGAGCUGGAGGGCUCGGGGCGGCCGGUCGUGUUCUUCCGCGCGAGCGCCGACGUGGCGCGCUGCCUGCGCCGCGUGCCCACGCUGCGCACCGCUGCGCUGCGCGACACGACGCUGCGCGCUGCGCUGGCGCACUGCGCCGCACCUCCCGCCGCGGUCAACGCUGACGACGCUUCAGCCUCGCUGCUGGGCCACGGCGGACGCGACCACGAUAAAGUCUGA